AAAUUUGAGUCUAAACUAGAGUUGCAGUGGUACCUGAAAAACAUGAUGUGGUGUCGUUAUACUUUAUUGCUGUCCGCCGGAGUUUUAGUGAUUCUGUUGGCAAACCGUGGUGAAAAAUGUUUUGUCGAGGGCUUACCGAUAUCCGAAACUUACGAUAUCCCACAGGACAUCGAUUUUAAAAAUAGCGCUUCUCGGGCUAUUGAUCAGGAUGUUCAAGAGUUAGAGAAAUUGAAAACUCCAACGGGAGCACUGUCUGAAUCAAUUUCAAUGAUGAAAACACGUGAAUCUUCGUACACAAACGAUAACGGAAAAGAGAAAACUGAUGCUAAAAUAAAACAACAACUGAAUAAAAAUGGCGAAUUGAUGGCUAAACUGGAACAAAAAAUUUCGUCAAAAAACGACCAUGACGCUGGCGGUCGACCGGACACAAAGGUGCAAUUGUCGGUGGACAUACCGAGCAAGGGCAUACACAAACAGACUAUGUACGCAUCAGACGGUGAACCGCCAAAGAAACGGGACAGCAAAUACAGAGAAUACGACAAAAAAAACUACGAUUCGCAGUUCCCUCCACCGGUGUCGUCAUACUUCAACGUGGAAGCGACACCCGAGGAUAUGGCGGAAUACAUUUUCUUCACAAAGGACUUCAAGUCGGUGACGCAAGCAAUAGAGAAACUCAUCCAGGACGGGAGGUUGGACCGCGAAUCGGCGUUGGCCUACUUGGACAAAAUCGACAGGGAGCUGUACCGACUGGACGCCCGUUACUCCGACCAAGCCGUAGAAAUAUCAAGCAAAGACAUCGAAAAUCCAAUAAAAUUCCAAAAGAACUAUGAAUCUUCCGAUUUCAAUGACAUUGAUGGAACGUUGACCGAACUAAAAGAAAUGCAACAGAUACUCAGAGACAAAUAUACCAAAAAAAGCAUAGACUUGGACGAAGAGGAUUACAACUCGAAACGAAUUCGAAAAAUCUUGGAAGCCAAACUACGAAUGUCUGAUUCGCAGUAUAAUCGACUUUUAGAAACGCUAACGGCUCCGUCAGACUAUACGUAUGCCCAAACGAUGAUGGAUGAAAUUAUUUAUCAACUAGCUAAGCUUAUGUUUAACCAAGGACUUUUCAUUGGUGGGUCAGAAGCUCAAGAAUCUUUACAAAAGUUUACAGAUUUCUUGGAAACCGAAGCAAGUCGAGGAAGGAUUUCUAGAGCCCUUGAAAAAAAGAUAUUGGACUUACUAAUAACGUCCCUUUCGGAUACAUUGACCGAGCACCCGGAACUGAUGGCUGCCGCCAAGGAAGGUUUUAGCAAAUACCUAGAUGCCUACCCCAAUUCAGAAUCAAACGCUGUCCAUCAGAUGAAAACCGACAGUUUUUCUACGAAGACGAGAAGAGACACGACUCCAGCGAAAGGUCAGCCGAGUACUGACUUGGAAACAGCCGUGGUGAAACGGAGCGUGAAGACAUCCGGUAUCGAAGACAACGAAGGCAGUAGCGCAGUGGCGAAAAAUUAAAAAUAUAUAUACAUAUUAUUAUAUUAUUAAUAUCAACGUCGUAGACUAUUAAUUCAAAAGAAAAAUAAGGAAUCUCCCUCCAUCCAAAAAAAAAAAAUAGUCUAAUAUUCAUUACAUUUAUAUUCUAUUAUUUAAUAUAAUAUUAUACCAAAUGUAUGUGCGUGUGCGUUUGUGUGUGUGUGUGUUUGUGUGUCCGAAUGUGACGUUCUCAACCACCACUCUCAACCUGUACCUCCUCGUCAAUCUAUAUUUCUAUAUAAUAUUAUUGGUCAUUCAUUUCGUUUUGUCGUCUCCCGAUUCAAUAUUUCGUAGGUAAAAUUAAAUUUGAAAAUAUAUUAUACUUACAGAUGGCUCUAUAAAAUAUAUUAUAUUAAAUUAUAUCUCUAUUUUUUAUGUGUAACGCGCGACAAUAUCGUGUUGAGUGUGUGCAGUGCUAUAUACAUUUUGUGAUUUGUGAUAAUUUAAUUAUAUUACCAUAUAUACAUUA